UGCCUCAAAGACACACGAGUCGAGGUGCUGAACGAAAUCAUGAACUGGGUUUUAUCAGACACAACGCAGAACAUCUUGUGGCUUCACGGUGUUGCAGGAUCUGGCAAGAGUACCAUUGCGACGACAAUUGCGGAGCGUUGCCGAGAAAUGUCGAGGCUUGGCGCCUUUAUUUUCUUCAGGAGAGCCGACAGCACGGAUGGCCAGCUUGUCUCGUUAUUCCGAACACUUGCAUUCCGGUUGGUGAUGUUCGACUCGUCUAUAGCAGGACAUGUCAAAGCUGCUGUGAAGAAAAGCGACAAUAUCACCGAGGCUAUUGCCGAGGUGCAGUUCAAGAGGCUUCUUUUGGAACCGCUUGUGGCAGUGAGGGAUGAGUUACAGGCUCCAGUCGUAAUCGUCCUCGAUGCGUUGGAUGAAUGUUGCACGCCGGACGCUCGGCGAAAAUUGAUGGCGCUUCUACAAAAGGAGUUCGGAAAGCUACCUCCCAGUUUCCGAUUUCUCAUUACGAGCCGGCCAGAGAAUGAUAUCAACAAAGCGUUGUCAAACCGCCCAAAUUCAGUUUAUGAGCUCGCGUUGGAUUCCAGUCGACGGGAUGUUCAAAUAUUUAUUGAUCACGAGAUUAGUGUCAUUUUUAAAGAGUUAGGGCUCGGGAUGCCGAACGACUGGAGCACUUACAGGGCACAACUAGCAGAUGCCUCUCAAGGCUUGUUUAUCUGGGCGUCAACAGCGAUAAAUCUGGUUAAGGAGCACCCCAUCAGUCCAUAUGAAGGUCUCAAAGAUAUUGCUGGGAGGUCACAUCUACUUGGUGGCCUUAAUCAACUGUACGAAACGGUCCUUGCAAACUCUGGGGUUGUCUCAGAGUGCUUCCCUCAAUCUAUCACUCACUUCUCACAAAUUUUUGGUCUCAUCUUAUUGAGUAAUGCGCCGCUUUCAGACAUUACAAUUGAUGCAGUUCUAGGCCUUACAUCGAGUAACCCGUCACGCAUAGUUCUCUCGAAGUUGCAGAGUGUGGUCGCAUUCGCCCCUGGUCGACCUGUGCAUCUUUUCCAUACAUCAUUCGUAGAUUAUCUCCUGCCUUCUGGCUGUUUAUCCGGACCGUGGUUCAUCGACAAAUCGUUCCAGCAGUCUACCAUUGCCAUGCGUUGCUUUAUCGUCAUGAAGGAUAUGCUUCAUUUUAAUAUGUGCGGUCUCGACUCGUCUUUCAUGUACAACAAGGAGGUCGACGGGAUCGAUGAGCGCAUCAGCGAGAAGGCACCGCCGCAUCUACAAUAUGCAUGUAAACAUUGGGCACAUCACCUUUCUGAGGCUCCUUUCUCUCACGAAUUGUUGGGCGAACUGAGGACAUUCGCACAUGAACACCUUCUAUACUGGUUCGAGGUCCUGAGUCUGCUAGGUCAGGUCAGUCAAACUGCGAGCCGAGCACUAUCGGACGCCUCUGCGUGGUCCGAGGAGCAUGAUUCAGACAUUUAUUCUUUCUUAAAGGAUGCAAGCAGACUCGCCUCCGAAUUCGCCAUUCCCAUGACUGAAAGCACACCGCACAUCUACGUCUCCAUGCUCCCGCUCAUGAAGGGCGAAUCGGAAGUCGCAGCCCAUUACUCGAAACAGACAUCUCGAAUGGUAGCAGUGGAUCGAAUAGGGACGAAACGGCCACCGCUGUGGUUGAAAGUACUGGAGGGGCAUUCGGAUUAUGUUUGGUCCGUCGCAUUCUCGCCCGAUGGGAAGUGCGUCGCGUCGGGGUCCUAUGACGGAACAGCCAGAAUCUGGGACGUUGUGAGCGGUGAGGUGCUAUCCGAAUUUUUUGAAGAAUACAGGGCCGAGGUCACCUCCGUCGCAUUCUCACCAGACGGCCGUCGCAUUGUCACUGGGUCAUGGCUCGGGACAGUCUCUAUCUGGGACAUUGAGUCAAGGGAAGUGGUCUCAGGACCAUUUAGAGAACACACCGAAGGCGUACAUGCUGUCGCAUUCUCACCUGACGGAACGCACAUUGCAUCAGCCUCAGCAGAUAGAGCAGUAAGAGUGUGGGGCAUUGAGAUCUCAUCCGCUGUGCAUGUUCUCGUAGGACAUACAGCUUCUGUAUGGUCUGUCGCCUUCUCCUCUAACGGGAAGCGAAUCGUUUCGGGCUCCAAGGACAAGACAAUUAGAGUCUGGGAUGUGAUGACGGGACAGGCCAUUGGCGAGCCUCUCGUGGGACACACGGGCGAAGUCUACUCUGUGACAAUCUCAUCCGAUGGCAGGCACAUUGUCUCUGGCUCGAAUGAUUGCACAGUGAAAGUCUGGGACAUGGAGAGCGGGAGACUCGUCUCUGGCCCAUUUUGUCAUUCAAACAUUGUCACUUCUGUCGCAUUUUCAUUUGACGGACAGCGUGUUUUGUCAGGAUCCAGCGACCGCACAAUCGUUGUCUGGGACGUAGAGAGUGGUGACAUUGUUUCUGGCCCAUAUACUGGACAUGCAGAUACUGUUCUCUCUGUUGCCUUCUCUCCUGAUGGAUCACACAUUGUCUCGGGGUCUAUUGACAAGACUGUUAGACUCUGGGAAGCGUCAAUUGGCAAGGUUGUAUCUGACACUUCUGCCAGGCACACAGAAGCAAUUAUGUCUAUUGCUUUCUCUCCAGACGGCGGUCGGAUAGUGUCAGGCUCGUUUGAUAAAACAGUGAGACUCUGGGACGCCAGCACGUGGCAAGUAGCUUCCGUGCUGUUUGAGGGACAUCGACACUUUGUUAAUUCUGUUGCCUUCUCAUCUGACGGGAAACGAAUUGUCUCUGGUUCUAAGGAUGAGAGUAUCAUUGUCUGGGACAUAAACAGCGGUGGGAUGGCAUUUGAGCCGCUCAAAGGGCACACAGGCACUGUCAACUCGGUUACCUUCUCUCCCAAUAGUACACGUAUCGUCUCUGGAUCUGAGGACAGGACUAUCAUUAUCUGGAAUGCCGAGAACGGAAGCAUGAUUGCCCGAUUUGAACAAGUGCACACGACUGAGAUUGAUAAUGUCGCCUUCUCGCCGGAUGGCACGCUUAUUGCAUCGGCUGGGCAAUGUGUUUCUGGACCUUUCAGGGCACCCGACGACAGUACAUUUCCAUACUUCGCACCGGUUGCCUUCUCCCCUGAUGGGAUGUGUAUUGUCUCGCGCAGCUCGGACGAUGAUAUCAUUAUUCGUGAUGUGCAAAAUGGCCAGAUUGUCUCUGGACAGCUGGAAGGGCACAACGACAUAGUCGUGUCUGUUGCGUUUUCACGUGACGGGGCAUACAUUGUUUCCGGGUCAUACGACCAGACGGCUAUUGUUUGGGAUGCGAGUGAUGGAACUAUCGUUUCUGAGCCGUACAAAGGACACAGCGGUCCCGUCAGUUGCGUUGCCUUUUCACCAGACAGUUCCCGUAUUGUCUCCUGCUCUUAUGAUGCAACAAUACGUGUUUGGGAG